CAAAACUCUGUGUAAGUUGUUAGUUGUUCUUUUUAUUCUUGUUGCCAUUUGUACCUGCAGCCUGCACAGAGACAGCCUUGACUUUGCAAUACGCUGCUUUGACACUUGAAAGUUAUAACCUAGCGAUCGGCAAGCAAAAGUUCCAAUAGAUUUAAAGUUACCAAGAUGUCUGUGGAGUGGAUUGGGUUUGGCUAUGCAGCUCUGGUUGCGUCAGGAGGCAUUAUUGGUUAUGUGAAAGCAGGCAGUGUUCCAUCCUUAGCUGCUGGCCUUCUAUUUGGUAGUUUAGCUGGUCUGGGUGCCUACCAGAUGUCUCACGAUCCAAAGAAUGUGUGGAUUUCUCUAGUUGCAUCAGGAACCCUAACUGGAGUCAUGGGAAUGAGAUUUUUUAACACUGGAAAAUUUAUGCCUGCUGGUCUCAUUGCAGGUGCAAGAUGGACCUCCUAAGGGUGCCAGCUGAAUCCUCUGCCCAGCUGAACCAACCUCCUUUUUCUGAAAUGAUGGGAUGUAUACUCCAGAAGUAUAGUGAGUCACUCCAAAAUGUGCUGGAAAUUAAAAAGAAACAAUAGAUUUUUAAUGGAGAAACAUUUCACAAUUUUAGUAUAAAACUAAGCAAAAGCUUACCUGAACUAUGCAUAAACUG